AUGAAACCGGCUCAUGGAUCUAAAAAGACCAGCAGCCAUCUUUCAAACAUUAAAAGAACAAAGAAAACCAAGAAAAUCGGGGAGAAUCCUGUAGCACAAAGCAAUAUUGUCUCAAAUCAAAAUAUUGAAAAUAAAAAUGCAGAAAAAUCUCAGAAUCCGACUGCAAAUAUAAAAUUAGGUGGAGUACCAAAGCAAAAAACAAAUUCUGGCAAAAAUAAUAAUUCUGCAUCUUCUUCAUCGAGUUCUGAUGAAAAAAUUAAGACAAAGAACAAUGCAACCCAAUCUAAAAAUGCGAAUCAAGAUAUGCAAGCUUCGAGAUAUCUAAAAUCAGUAAUUUCUUCUAAUGAUAAAUUGAAACUAGACAGAAAUUCAAUUAAAUCAGUACCUUCUAAAGGAGAACUUAUACAACAAAAAGAUAUUCAAAAUAAAUCAGAUCGAUCAAAAAGUAACGAAAAUACAAUUCCUGAACGAGAUAUUAAAAAAUACGAUGUAAACAUUUACAAUUUCGCAUCAGAUUUUACUGCAGAUAGCUUUAUUGGUGUUGAUGAAACACCUUCAACAGAUUCUAGAUUUAUUCGUUUCGUUACUCAACGACGUAAUCUUGCUACAAAUAAGAUAGAAACUAUAGAAAAAUACAAGCUUAAAAGUGGCAUAAAAAUGACACCUGAACUUAAAUUAAUUAAAAAACAAUUAAAUAACGGAACUUACUUUCAGAACAAGAACAAAAUGCAUAAAUCAAAGAAAAUACUUUCAAAUACACGACGAUUAUCUGAAAUGUUAGAUCAAAAAGAAGAAGAAAAAUCGAAAGAAAAAAGAUUUGGAAACGAAGAGGAAGAAGAAGCCAUUUUAACUGAUGAUCAAGAUGCUGAUGUUGAAGAUAAUGAUAUUGAUGAUAAUUACGAAGAAAAAACUCCAAGAAAAUUAAAACAAAUCAAAUUUAGAAAAACAAAGAAGCGUAAAAACAGUGUAUAUAGUGAUGUUAUAGAGGAAUACUAUUCAAAUGAAACAGAAUUUACUUCAUCAGAUAUGAAACCUAAAAAUGUCGAAAAAUAUAAGCCAUUAUUCAUUGCAAAGAAGCGUUUUCAACCUGAUCCGCCAGAAUCAAAGACCGUUCAUAGGAAAUUAGGAGUAAUUGUAGAUAAAUAUGAAGGAUCUCUUGAUAUUCCUAACGAUGCAGACUUUAUUAAGAACUACGGAUCAAUAAGGCCACAAAUGAAAGAAGAAUUCGAAGAAACGAAGAUAUUACCAAAAGAUUAUAAAAAGAAAGGUGAAGAUAACUUUCCAGCAAUAACAUUAUUGCCAACUGGCCAACAUGUUGUCAAGGUUGAUGAUAAGUUUUACAUUGAAAAAGUUGAUAAUGGUUUUUUGACAAGAAUUCGUGCAACAGAAGACGGAAAACGAAUCAUUUUAGUAUCCAAAGGUGAUGAUAAGAAGAAAGAUAGUACUACAAACAAAACAGAUAGAAAUCCCAAUGAGUUUUCAAGUGAUGAUUCAGAUGAUGAAACAACAAGUACGACAGCUACUCAAUCUUCUCGUCCAUCCAACGUCCAACUAUUCAUAUCAAGACAAUCUAGUGGUCAAAUCCAAAAAACGAGCUCAACUGACAAAAAAUUAUUAUUAAAUGACGCCAAACAGAAAGAAAAUCAAAUCACAAAAGAGAAAAAUGAUAAGAAAUCAUUUGGAUCUACUAAGAAUGCAAAAGAAUCAUCAAGUUCGAGUGAAUCAGAAAAAAUCAAUAAUAAAUCAGGCAAAAACAAUCAAAUAACAAAUAAUUCUUCUCAAAUUGUUAAUAAUAACAUGAAUAAGAACGAAAGCAACUCUGAAUCUUCUUCAUCUGAUGAAGAAAAACCAAAAUUACAGUUAAACAACGAAAAAGCGAUUAAAGAAACACAAAAGAAAGAAGAAAAGAAGUUUUCAGAAGAAGAAUCAUAUUAUUAUGAGGAAGAAGAAGAUUAUUCAUCAGAAAUUCAUGUUCCGGAACCAGAAAUGAAACAAAAUUUCCAAAAAUCAGAACCAAAAGAAGAAUCUCCGAUCUCACAAAUACCACAAGCACUUAAAUCAAUGAUUCCUUCACCAAUAUCAGCCAAACUCACUGAUAAAUCUAACAGUAAUUCCGAUAAUGAAUUCAAAGAUUUCUUAAAGUCUUCAAGUGAUUCAAAUGAUGAAUCCAGUACUAGUUUGCAGAGUUUGAAGAAGAAUCCUGUUGUUAGUUUAAAUCAAGGAAAUCCAACACCAACUAAAACAGAAUCAACAGCAUCUAAUUCUCCUAAAUCUCCACGAGAUAGAAGCAAAUACAAACCAAAAGAUUCUCCACUUCCUAAUAAAGAAAAUGAAAAACAAAAGAAGAAAAAUUAUUUAUCACUCAACAACAAAAGGAAGAAAGAAAAUGACGAAAAGAAGAAUCAAAAGAAAAUUGAAGAUGAAGAAUCAGCAAAACGAAAACAAGCUGAUGAAGAAAAGAAAAAGAAAGAAGAAAUCGAAAAACAAAAGAAACUUGAGGAAGAAAAAGAAGCAAAAAUGAAAUUGGAAGAAGAAAAAUCAAAACAAAAGAAACUUGAAGAAGAAAAAAGAAAGAAACGAAAAGAGGAGAAAAAGAAGAAACUCCAAGAAACAAAACUAAAACAGCAAAGAAAACAAGAAGAAGAAAACAAAAGAAAACAAGAAGAGGAAAACAAAAGAAAACAAGAAGAAGAAAACAAACGAAAACAAGAAGAAGAAAAACAAAGGAAACUUGAAGAAGAAAAGAAAAAGAAAGAAGAGGAAGAAAAUAAGAGAAAACAAGAAGAAGAACUUCAAAGGAAACAAAAAGAGAAAGAAGAUAAAAGAAAGAAACAAAAAGAAAAUAAUAAAAAGAACAAGAGAAAACAAUCAUCAAGUAGUGAUAGUUCGGAAAAUGAUAAUAAAAAAGAUAAAAGAAGAAUUCAUGAUGUUGAUAAAAUCAAACUUCCUAACAUGGUUGAUUAUGAACCAGGUGAAGAUUCUAAUACAAUUGAUAAAUCAUCAUCAGAAGAAAUUCCUCCUCUUAAGUUCAAAGCUCCUCCAAUGGAAGCAGAAAAAGAUCCAAACCGCAAAGGACCGAAUGAUUUCGAAUCAGAAGAUGAUGACAUAAUUCCAAAUAGAUCUCCUGUUAAACAACAAGAAGAAAAGAAAGAAACAAACGAACAAAACAAUUUGACAACUGAAACUUACUAUUUCUAUGAGGAAGAAGAGAUUAUUGAAUUUGUUGAACAAGCAGCAGAAAAACCAACUGUUCCAAAGAUUAUUGAUAUUCAUAUUUCAUCAUCAAGUUCAUCAUCUGAUGAAGAAAAACAAGUUCCAGAACAGAAUAAUUUUGAAAAAGCAAAUGAAGUCAAAUCAGAUAAAGAAGAGAACAGUGAUGAUCAAAAACCAAUUUCAUUGUUCAAAGUGAGAGGAGCUAAAACACCUCUUCAACGAUCAAUUGAGAUGCAAACAAAGAAACAGAAACAACAAAUUUCACCAAAAUCAAGACCAAAAAGAGAAACAAAGAAAGAAACUCCAAAGUCAGAAGAUAAAACUAAGAAAGAAGAAAAGAAGAUUGAGAUAUUAAUCAGAGAAUCAUCUUCUUCAUCUACAUCUGAAAAAGAAAAGAAACAAGAGAAACAAAAUAUUCCAGUUGAAGAAAAACCUAAAAAGUCAUCAAAUCCAUUCCGAGUUGUUAUUGAAGAACCAAUUGAUGAACAAACAGUCAAACGAAGUAAAAAGCGAGGCAAUUCACAACAAAACACAAUUUCACCAAUGAAACUAGAAAUAUCUAAAGAAGAUCAAGAUAAAAUGAAUGCAAUUCAAAGUAAGAUACGUAAUUCGUUACUUGCAGAUCAAUCACGAGACACAAACAAAACAAAUAAAGAUUCAUUGGCAGAUUCUCCAUUUGGAAUUAAAAAUUUUGCUUCAAAACGUAAAAAAGAGCAAUCAAAACAAAGAUCUAAAGUUACAUUUAAUAUUGAUGAAGAAAUCAUUAAGGAACAUAAACAAAAGUACGAUGAAGAAACUAAACCUCGUAAAGAAAUUUUAAUUGAAGAAAAAUCACAAAAAGAAGAAGAUAAAACCAAUAAAUCACCAACUGAAAAUAAAGGAAAAGAUGAUUCAAACAAAGAUUUGAAAGAAAGAAAUGAAAACAAAUCUCUUGAGGAGAAAAUUGAAAUCAAAUUAGAUUUCGAUGUUGAAAAAAAGAAUUCUAAUUCUCCAGAAAUCAAAGUUCAAAACGAAAACAAAAAGAGUUCAUCUGGAAAGAAAGAGAAAGACAAUGAAAAGAAAACUAAAACAAGACCAAAAAGAGGAAUUUCCAAAGAUAAGACUUCUAAAGAAAAAGAUGCAACAAAGCAGAAAAGAAGAAAUAGUAAAUCUUCAAGGAAAUCUAAAAACAAAUCUUCAUCUUCUUCAGAUGAUGAUUUAAGUAUUCAUGACUUUCCAGAACCGAUUAAGAAUGAAUCUAAAGACAAAAAGUCAUCAAAGAAUCGAGAUGAUUUUUCCAAUGUUGGAUUCAACAAAACAAUUUCAUCUGAUGAUUCAAUUUAA